GCUAAAGAGCCACCACCACCCAACCAACUACACAACCACAAACCCGAUUCAGAAAUAAGAAUCCAAAGGCAAAAAGAAAGUGCCAGAAAACUCAGAGAGAGAGAGAGAGAGAGAUCAUAUACAAUAAAUUAAAGAUAGAGCAGAGAUUCCGGAGGAGAAAGAUACUCUCAUCCCUCUCUCAGACUGCCUCUCUUUCAAGAACUCUGCUUUGUUUUACCGAGUUUUGUUUUCCAAAUGGAUUGUUGGUCUUCUCCUCUCGCUAUGGAUGACGAAUAUGAGAAGCUUGUGAUUCGAAUGAACCCUCCAAGGGUUACAAUUGAUAAUGCCUCGAGCAGGAAAGUCACUUUGAUUAAGGUUGAUAGUGCAAAUAGGCGUGGGAGUUUGUUGGAGUUGGUUCAAGUUCUGAUAGACUUGAAUCUUAUAAUUCGUCGAGCUUACAUUUCUUCAGAUGGGGAAUGGUUCAUGGAUGUAUUUCAUGUCACUGAUCAAAACGGGAACAAGCUGUUUGAAGACAAUAUCGCUGAGCGGAUUCAACAGUCGCUUGGACCUAGGGGACGUAGCUUCCGGUCCUUGAGAAGGUCCGUGGGGGUCCAAGCUGCCAUGGAACACACAACAAUUGAAUUGACUGGAAGAGACAGGCCGGGCCUGCUUUCAGAGGUUUUUGCUGUUCUUGCUCAUGACCUCAAAUGUAAUGUGGUAGCUGCAGAAGUCUGGACCCACAAUUCAAGAAUGGCAUCAGUUGUUUACAUAACUGACGAGGCAACUGGAUUGCCAAUUGAAAAUCCUGAUCGUCUUGCUAAGAUCAAACAACUUCUUCUAUAUGUGUUAAAAGGAGAUAGAGAUAAACGAAGUGCCAACACUGCUGUUUCUGUGGGUUCCACUCAUAAGGAACGGAGGCUGCAUCAAAUGAUGUAUGCGGAUCGCGAUUUUGAUAUGGAUGAUACAGAUUGUGUGUCAACGAAUGAGAAGAGCAAAGUUUCUGUAACUGUAGAGAAUUGUGCAGAUAAGGGAUAUACUGUUGUGAACUUGAGGUGCCCUGACCGUCCUAAGCUAUUAUUUGAUACUGUGUGCACAUUGACGGAUAUGCAAUAUGUGGUAUACCAUGCAACUGUCAUUGCUGAAGGACCAGAGGCUUAUCAGGAAUAUUAUAUCAGGCAUUCGGAUGGAUGCCCUAUUAGUUCCGAAGCAGAGAGGCAAAGGCUAAUUCAUUGCUUGGAGGCUGCUAUCAAGAGGCGAACUUCUGAGGGUAUACAACUAGAACUUUGCGGCGAAGACAGAAUCGGUCUUCUUUCUGACGUGACUCGUAUAUUCAGAGAAAAUGGUCUAUCAGUUACUCGAGCAGAGGUCACGACCAGGGGUUCCCAAGCAGUAAAUAGUUUUUAUGUGACUGAUGCAUCAGGAAAUCCAGUGAAGAGUGAAACAAUUGAGGCAGUUCGGAAAGAGAUUGGCUUGACAAUACUUCAUGUGAAGGAUGAUGCCUAUUCGAAAUCUCCACCCCAGGACAGUGGGAGUGGGAGUGGGAGGUUCUCUCUGGGUGAUCUCUUCCGUUCCAGAUCAGAGAAGUUCCUAUACACCUUGGGUUUGAUAAAGUCAUGUUCUUGAGCAGUUAAUUAGGUAAAAACAAAAAAAAAAAAAAAGUGCUCUCUCCAAUGCCUGUAAGUACUAAGUAAUGUCAGUGUAGUUGUAGGUUGUCCUUUAGAACCACACUCCAAAGGUUUCAGGAGAUUACCUUGUUGAUCUUGGUCAGGCCUCAACCUUGCAACCUUUCAACUUGUAAAGUUUCCUGUAUGUACAAUUUCUUAGCUGCAUUUUUUGGUCAAUGUAUAUUCCUUGUUUGCA